AAAGUUGAAGAGUCAGGGAGAGAAGCUGAAAGUCCGCCGGAGCGCGAAGAUGGAUUAGCAAAAGUGACAAUUACCAGCGGACAGAUGCUAUUUGGUUAAUAGCGCCAUCAAACCUUAUUCACAAUAGUCCAACAUUUCCUUGACGCUUAUCUUUGUCGCUUGAUGCUACUGGGGGAGAAAGUUUGUUGUUGCCGGCCUCAAAGUGGUAUCUCAGGUGAACAAAUAGAAAGAUGUCGCAUUGCAAGACACUUUGGUGGACACAUGUUUUUCCUUUUGUAUUAGUAUCCUUGAUCUCUUCGGUUAUUGCUGACUACUCCUCAGAAUGUGAGGAAAAUGAAUACUUUAAUCAGACCACUGGUGUUUGCCAUGCCUGUCCUCAGUGUCAAUCAGGUGAAGAACCUGUUUCGAACUGUGGAUAUGGUGUUAAGGAUGAAUCCUAUGGCUGCCAGCCUUGCCAGGAUGGCAAAUUCUCAAAGGGUGUAUAUCAGAUCUGCAGAAGGCACAAAGAUUGUGAGGGUUUCUUCCGAGCCACUGUCUUGACGCCAGGUACUGCAGAGAUUGAUGCGGAGUGCGGACCUUGUAUUCCAGGUUACUACAUCCUAGACAAUAGAUCAAGAAACACCUAUACAAAGGUUUGCCAUUCCUGUGCACUGGCACCUCCUAACACAAAAGAAUGCUUGGGCAUUGCUUUGUCUUCAAGUAUUUCAAGCAGUACCUCAGUCAUCAAUGCAAACUCUCCAAUUCUACAAGAAACUCACAAAGUAGAUCAUGCUGGACAAGGACACUUGGGCACUGCUUUAAUAAUUGCCAUGUCUACCAUAUUUAUAAUGGCCAUAGCCAUUGUUUUAAUUGUUCUUUUCUACAUUUUAAAGGCAAAGUCUUCUACCCAGGCCUGUUGCAGUGGCCAAUCUGUAAAACACGUUGAAGCUCAGGUCAACAACCAAGAAGACAAGAAGGAGGUACAAGAAAAUGUUGUAAUAUUCUCUGAGAAAGAUGAAUUUGAUAAUAAAUUGAAGGCAGUUCCACCUAAGACUGAGAAAAAUGAAAAUGAUGCUUCCUCAGAAAAUGAACAACUUUUGAGUCGGAGUAUGGACAGCGACGAAGAGGCUGCCUUAGACAAGCGGGGAAUGUCUGAUUUAUGCCUCCUAUCACUUGUUCCUUUAACGAGAGAUAAAUCAGCAAACAAUAAAGCAACUGGGAUACAGACACGAAGGGAAAAGAUACUUGAAUUGUGCAAGAGAGUGUGCAGUUUCACAGAAGGGCUCAGCCCUACAGAACUGCCUUUUGACUGCCUCGAGAAAACCAGCAGAAUGUUGAGCUCUACCUAUAGCACAGAUAAAGCUAUUGUAAAAACAUGGCGUCAUCUGGCAGAGAGUUUUGGGCUGAAGAGGGAUGAAAUAGGUGGAAUGACAGAUGGGAUGCAACUCUUCGACCGUAUAAGCACAGCAGGUUACAGCAUUCCUGAUCUCCUGACCAGACUUGUGCAUAUCGAAAGGAUGGAUGCUGUAGAAGCCUUGUGUAUGGACGUUCUAGAGUGCACACAAAAUACACCGCUAGCUAAUCCUGCUAUUUUACCCAAAUGUCCAAAUUUGUAGUCAGUCCCUUGCCAUAAAUACCAUAAAGUAUUGUUUGUGGGCCCAGAAUAUGUUAUCUGUUAGUGCUUACUACGAGUUCUCGGACCAAAGAGGCAGAAGACAAUAGUGAACCUCUGAAAAGAGGUUCUGUAUUCAAGCUUCUUAAUUCUUAUUCAGGAUCCUGACUGUUAGGCUUUGUGUUAUUCUGUUCUUGGAAGACAUCUUAUUAAGGGACAAAUCUAAAAGAUCAGGAAUAAUUUGACAAGUUAGUUUUAGGGUACCGAAAGUACAGACUGAUGCCUAUUCACCUGUAGUGCAAUAAACAUGAAAAUUAAGCAGAAACAUGCUGACAAACUAAACAUUUUGACUUGCCAAACAGCCUGACCUGUUCCUACACAUCUCCCUAAAAGAUUUAUGAACCAUGACUUGCUUUCUAGUGGCAUUUCCCAGCGUAAAGCAGAGUCUGAGACAAUGUAGGGGCCUAAACUGCACAAAUGACUUAAGUAAUAGGGUUGAUUCUGGGGCCCACUAGCGAAUUUGCUGAUUGUAAGAGAACGAUCAAUUAAUUAUUGCAGCAAGGGUAAGCUUAAGAGGCUGCAAACCAGCCAUUUACUUAAAUCUAUCCUGUUGAAAAUUUCUAAACACAUUGGAAACAGCAAUCAAAACAGCUAAUUUUUUAUUUAGAUUUUUAAAAUUCCUUUUGUGUUCAUAUAUGAUUGCAUCAAAUUUAUUACUUUAUAAAUCUCGUGCUGAAGCAAAUUAUUAUAAAGUGCAUUGUGCACUUAAAAUGCAUAAAUUUUAUCUCUGAUAUGAGAUUGGCUAGAUAUGAUAAAGGAUGAUAUUUCUACUUUUAUUGGCCUGCUGCAUCUAAGUAAAUUGUCACCCCUAAAUUAAUGCAACAGAAAUCCCAUAAGAAUAUGUUAGGUUUUAACCAAAGCACUUUUUUCCUUAGUACUUACAAAUAUAAAUAUUUUAAAUGAAUAGGUACAGCAUAUUUCAAGUAAUAGCAGCAAAAAAGUAUAUUCAAGAAAGUGCUGACAAACUUGAUAAAACCCGGAAUCAGGUAGCUUGUGAAAGCACAACAUUAUGGUGAACAUUUUAUAAUGCAGAAGUCUUCUUAAUAGGACACAAAGAAAGGAAGAUUCAGAGUGAUAGAUUUUAUUUAAAAUGUUGAGCUCCAUUGUUAAGCACAUCAGAAGUGUUUGUCUUUCCACCCAUACAUUGUGUUUUAGGCACUGAAAAUAAAAAAAUGUUGGGAAAUUCAUCAAUGUUUCAAUAGUAUACAAAAUCUCCAUGACAGUCAACAAAUCCACAGCAGAACAGCCAUUACAAGGAAAUAUUAGGAGAGAAAAUUAUAAUCAAAAAGACUGAGACAGGCAAUAAGCCCAUAAAUCUUGAUUCAUUUUUAAAAUAAAAUACGUUAAAAUAGUAUCUUUUUUAAAAAAAAUGUCCAAGACUGGACAGAUCUGUUGUUACUUAUUAGAGUUGUAUGUUUGAAACCAAAGUGGCAAUUUCUGUUGUUUAUUCCCCCGCCUCACAAAGGGACCAACUAGCAUUACAUAGCCAGUUUUCCUUACAUAUCACCAGUCCUUUUUGUAAUUAGAGAACAUAGAAAAUUAUGGAGAUGAGCUUUCAGAAUCUACUGAGCUGGUAUUCUGUAAGCCAUGCAAGCAGGAUAUUUUCUGCAGAUUUGUUUCAUGAUUAUCCCAAUGUGAUACAUUUUUCUAGGAAUAAACUGUAUGUAUAAUUUAUUCAAAUGUACAUAAUUUGUAUUAUGAAAUAGCAAUAAAAAAAUUCCAAC